UUGUUAAAAUCUCCAUACGUAAACUCAUAAGUGUGAGUGUGACAUUUGACAGAUAGAUACAAAACGUAAUGUUAUUGUUCUCUUACAUACUUGUCAUACACUCGUGCGAAUUAUUCUGUUCUGUUAAGUUCGUUUAUUCCGUUCAUUUAUUUUAUUUAUAUUCUUAAUCUCGCAAUCAUAUCGCAAAAUUGCGUAAAAAUGGCAGAUUCUAUUAACAGUUUUAUUGAUCUUGACACCGGCUGUAUAAAAUAUCCUGAUGGAGACUUUACUUUUAUAUUAAGCUUUAUUCUGUUUAGUUCGCCAAAAGAUAGAGUGAGGGCGUUAGUGUGACAGAUUUCAUAUAAAAAAAGCUACUGUAUUAGAGAUCUUAUAUGCGAGCACAUUGCCAACAAGUUCUAACAGAUUAGAAAACCAUAGAAAUGAAUCCCGUUUGUUGUCAGAAAAUGAAUUUGACAUACUGAUGUUUAUGCAACAAUGGCCUACUGGAUACUGUAUUAACGAUAAUGAGUGCAUACCACCACCUGAUAAUGAGACUUGGGGAAUUCAUGGGAUUUGGCCGAACAAUCUGGACGGAAGUCAUCCAUCAUUUUGCAGCGAUUCAUCUUCAUUUGAUAUUGAAUCUUUAAAACCAUUUAUGGAGCCAUUGAAACAAAGCUGGUUUAGUUUGAAAGAAAAAUUUAUAGAAAAGUUUUGGCGACACGAGUGGUUAAAGCAUGGAACUUUAACUAAAAGUCUUCCGGACCUAAAUACAGAAGCAAAAUAUUUUGGACAAGGUUUGAAAUGGUUCCAAAAAUACCAUAUUAAAAAUUUACUCACGCAAGCCAAUAUUAAGCCUGGCACAGACUACAAUAUUAUUGAUAUUCAUAAUGCCUUGAAAAAUGAAUUGGACGCUGAACCAGAAAUAGCUUGUCAUAAAAAAGAAGAUACUGGUGAACAAUAUCUGGUUGAAAUCGGAAUAUGUUUUAGCAAAAGAUUGGAAUUGAUCGAUUGCGGUGAUAUUUUGAUACCACCUACAGCAAACUAUACGACAAAUCAUUUAAUUCUUAGAAAUUGUAAUGCAGAGCAACCAAUUUUAUACCCAAGCACUUUCCAAUAAAUUUGAUCGAGCAACAAAGAAAUAAAUUAAAAGCUUGCAAGUUUGAAGAAAGUCAAUUUAACAUUAAGUUUUUUAACAUUCAAAACUUUCUAAUCAAAGGUAUUAGUAUUCGCAGAGAUUUCAAACCCCCUAAUUCUAUUGAGAUUUGUGUCAAACACUCCAAAUCGAAAUCAUUUUUCUUAUUAUUGAAAUUUUUCAUUAAAGAAAGGUUUUUCUGUAAAUGCUACUUUAAAAACAUUCCACCUUACUUCAUCAUUUUUGUAUUCGAUCGUAUAAAAACAAAAUUGUUGUUCCACGUGCAUAUCUAUAUACAAACUCGUGUUCGUUUUGACAUAUUUUUUUGCAAAAAAUGCAACAAAUUGCUGGAUAAAAAUAGCUUUAACUGUUUGGAAUUUCAAACAAUUAAAGUGUGUUUUAUUGCAUGUGCACAUGUAACAGAAUUUUAUGGAAAAUAUCAAUUGUGAAAAACGCAACAGAAAUGGGGUAGAUUAUUAAUAAAAUUCAGAAAAAUUGCAUAAGAAUGUCGAAAUUCUUUAUUCAAUCUUCUUGAUGAUAUUUAGAGCAAUGUGAGGAUGUAGAGAGCUCAAAGGGAACGUCAAUGUAAUUUAACAACUCAAAUCGAAACUAAACAGCGCGCUAAGUUUGAAAUGUGUUGAUACAUCCUCCCAUUGAUUUAGAGAGCAGUGAAUAGAUUGGGCUACAGCUAUAGCAGUGCUAUUUUCACAGCUCCUAUUCAUAGGUGCUAUUUGUGAACAACGCAUACGGGCAGCGAUUUUAUGAUACAAUU